AUACUUAAUUUAAGGAGAAUAAAAGGCGGGGACACGGGUUAGACAAGGGCGGCUUUUGGCACAAAUGAGGAAAUGAGCUCCUUUAUAUACAGGGCUUGCUACUUGUGCCAAUGCUAAAGCACUGUUAAUGAAUUAUUGAUAUCAUAAUUUGAAUUUAUACGUGUUUCUCUUUAAGUGAUGUGAUUUUUGAUGUCAGGGUUGCAGUUUAGUUCACUUCUGAUUCUGACUGGUGGCUCUGAACCAGCACUCCAAGAUUCAGUUUAAGUAUGAAUGCUCAGCAGCUGGUGCUAAAUCAGAGGGCAGAGCUUCUGGGAGCCCUGUGUGGUGGAGGCAGUGCUGAACCUCUGGACUGUGUUCUGGACCUGCUCCUGGCUUGGGACGUUAUUAUCUGGGAGGAUUACCUAUGCAUUCGAGUUGCAGAGAAACCUCUAUGUUCCAACACCAGACACCUUCUAGAUGUGGUCUAUGAUAAAGGAGAAGAUGCUUGCAGUCUUCUCUUGGCUGCAUUUCACCAGGUCUUACCUGAGGAGCAGAAGGUUGGGCUGUGCUUUGGGAAAGUAUGCCCUGUAAUGGAGAAAAUUAGCCCAUCCACUGCAACUUCCGUAUUAUUAACUGACAGGCCAGUGCUAGUAAGACAGCUUAGAGAUAAUAUUGAUGAAGCAUUGAAUGUUUUAUUGACAACUGGCUGUUUUAACAUCAAGGACUGCGAGGGAGUGCAACUACCUGUAUACACACCCUCACAGAAGGUUCGAAGGCUGUUAGACCAAGUGAGGUUUAAAGGGGAAACUGCAGCAAAGACCUUACUACAGUAUCUAGAGCAAACAGAGCCCACCAAGCCAAAUCCUGAAGAUGAAAAAAUUAAACUUUCUGCUGAAUGUCUGGUCUAUCAGAGGAAACUGCAAAGCUCUGUUGCUGCACAGUCCCACUUUCUUAGCACCUAUGGUGGGACAGGACGUUUCUCCCUGGAUGACAUUUACACGGACGGACAUCUUGAAGUGAUGAAUGGCUCUGGUGAAACUACAACAUUAGGGCUGGAGGAUGUUGUGGGCCCUGUGGGAACACUUAAUGAAGAUGCUGACACUGUGCUUGUGUCUGGGGAGGCAGGUAGUGGCAAAAGCAUAUUGCUUCAGCGACUCCACUUGCUUUGGGCAAGAGAAGCCUUGCUCACAGAUAUAAUUGUGCUUUUCCCGUUCAGUUGUCGCAAGCUCAACGCAGAGCACAGAAAGCUGUCCCUUAAAGAGCUCCUCUUUUUGCACUGCUGCUGGCCUGAUCGAGGUCAGGAAGAAGUUUUCCAGUUUAUCCUAGACCACCCUCAUUUAGUCCUCUUUACCUUUGAUGGGCUUGAUGAGUAUAAACAGGGUUUUACAGAUGAAGAACGUCACUGCUGCCCCACUCAGAAAUUACCUAUACCUAUUUUGCUUUUCAACCUUUUGCAGGGGACACUAAUGAAGGGUGUUAAGAAGGUGGUCACCAGCAGGCCACAGGCUGUCGGCCCAUCGCUGAAACGCUAUCUACGCAAAGAAGUGCUCCUAAAGGGGUUUUCCCCCGAGGAUAUUAACUGCUUUGUGAAGAAACAUCACAAUGACCCUGCUUUGGCUAAACGAGUCAUAGAAUCCCUGCAGGGUAAUACAACAUUGCUAGGCCUUUGCCACAUCCCAGUCUUCUGCUGGAUUGUGACCAAGUGCCACCAUGAGCUUCUGGGUGGUGAGGAUGGUAUUCCUCAGACUAUCACUGAUGUCUACCUCCUGGUCUUACAGCAUUUCUUCCAGCGGAAGUCACCUCAUCCCCAAGGAGCUCUGGGUAAGGGCUGGUUGGAGGAACACAUGGACACAGUGAUAAGACUUGGACAACUGGCUUUGGAAGGUCUAAAAGCCUCUUGUUAUGUGUUUUCAGGAUAUGAGCUGCAAAGAAAUGGGGUCACAGAACAGGAUGUCAGUAUAGGUUUUCUCAUUUACUGCAAUGACUUGUCUGUGACAGACUGCAAACGCUAUGAAUUUCUGCAUAUCACCUUACAGUGUUUCUUUGCUGCUCUGUAUAUCACUCUAAAUUGUAACAAUGAUCGUUCUGUUAUCCCAAAUCUCUUUCGGUGUCAGGAUAGGCAGAUGUCAGGCCGGUCUCAUAUGUGUCUGGGACAUUGUAUUGAUCGCUCAGUUGAGGAUGAGGUAAAACCAAACAUGGCAGAGAUACCAAACCUCCAGAUUACAGCUCAGUUUGUUUCAGGCCUAUUAUCACAGCGGCACCAUAACCUCCUCCUUGACUGCUGUCCUGCUGCUCUACGAGAACGUAAGGUCAAGCAAGUAGUGAAGUCCUUGUCUAAAGGGAUGCAGAGACAUUUCAAGUCCAUUCCUCGUCCUGUAGAGGGUGAAAAGAAGAGCAUGCAUGCCAUGCCAAGUUUUGUUUGGCUCAUUAAAUGUAUUUAUGAAAUGCAAAACAACACAAUUGCUCAAGAAGCCAUGGCUAAGUUGGAGGUUGAACACCUGAAGCUCACCUACUGUAACAUUGGACCUGUGGAGUGUACUGCAUUGACGUACGUGCUGAGACACCUGCAGAAUCCUGUUGGCCUUCAGCUGGACAACAAUUCUGUUGGAGACACGGGCGUGGAGCAGCUUCUUCCAUGUCUACAUAUCUGUCACUCUCUCUAUUUAAGGAACAAUAACAUAUCAGAUGAAGGAAUCCGGAUACUUGUAGAAAAGGCAAUAAACUGUGAAAGCUUCCAGAAAAUAGCACUUUUCAACAACAAGCUUACAGAUGCUUGCACCCAACUAUUAGCUAGGCUGUUGAAAUCAAAGCAGAACUUCAUCUCGUUGAGGCUUGGAAAUAACAACAUCACGUCACAGGGAGCAGAGCAGCUUGCUGAAGGCUUAAGUUGCAACCACUCUUUGCAGUUCCUGGGGUUAUGGGGUAAUAAAAUUGGUGACAGAGGGGCUGAGGCAUUGGCAAAAGCUCUGAAGAAUAAUACAUCACUAAUAUGGUUCAGUCUGGUAGAUAAUGGUGUGGGCAGUGCAGGUGCAUGUGCUCUGGCUGAACUCAUCAGAGAGAGCAAAACUCUGGAGGAAUUAUGGCUAAACAAAAACAGUAUCAGCAGGAAUGGGGUUGAGUGUCUCAUAGAGGCACUGAAAAUGAACUCUAGUGUGAAGGACAUCUGGCUGAGAGGAAAUAAUCUGAGCCCAGAGGAAGAAGAGGAGCUGAGCAAGCAAGAAAGCAGACUGACCUUCUGAGGGCAAGAAGACUCUGUAAUGCCUGCCGCCAAAUACUAUAUUCAAUGCGCAUCAUUGUCCUUUUAAAAUCUCAGAAGUAAAGGUACAGUGGAUAUAAAAAGUCUACACAUCCAUUAAAACAGCAGGUUUUUGCACUUUUAAUGUAAAAAUGACAACCUAUGUAAUGCCACUGAAAACCAAAGAGACAUCUCCGAGAGAGGGGGGAAAAAAAAAACUUAGAAUAACCUAAAUGCAUAUGUGUGCACAUCCCUGAACUAAUACUUAGUUGAAGCACUCAUUGAUUUUAUUACAGCACUCAGUCUGUUUGGAUAAGAGUCUAUAAGCUUGGCACAUCUUGACUAGGGAAUAUUUUCCUACUCUUCCUUGCAAAAAUGUUCCAGAUCUGUCAAAUUGCACGGGCCCUCUUCAGGUCUCCCCAAAGAUUUUCUAUAGAAUUCAGGUCUGAGCUCUGGCUGGGCCAUUCCAAAACAAUAACCCUUUUUUGCUGAAGCCAUUCUUUUGUUGAUUUGGAUGUGUGCUUUGGAUCAUGGUCUUGCUGAAAGGUGAAAGAUCUCUUCAUUUUCAGUUUCUAGCAGACGCCAGAAGGUACUGUGCCAAAACUGACUGGUACUUGGAACUAUUCAUGAUUCCCUCCACUUUCACCUUCCCCAGUUCCAUUUGAAGAAACAGCCCCAAAGCAUGAUGCUGCCACCAUGAUGGUGUUCUUUUGCUGAUGUGCUGUGUUGUUUUUGCACCAAAUUUACCUUUUACAAUUUUGGGCAAAAGUUCAAACUUGGUCUCAUCAGACCAUAACACAUUUCCCCACAUGGUUUUGAGACUGAAUAUAGGUUUUUGCAGGCUUGGAUGUUUUUUUUAUUUUUUCAUCAGAAAAGGCUUGUGUUUUGCCACCCUGCCCCAUAGCCCAGACAGAUGAAGAAUAUGGGAGAUUGUUGUCACAUGUAGGGAGCAACCAGUUCUUGCUAGAAUGAGAUACAGCUCCUUUCAUGUUGCUGUAGGCCUCUUGACAGCCUCCCUGACCACUUUUCUCUUUAUCUUAUCAAUUCUGAAGGGAUGUCCUGUUCUUGAUAAUGUCACUGUUGUGGCAUACUUUCUCCACUUGUUGAUGACUGUCUUCACUGUGUCCAUGUUAUAUCUAACUCCUUGGAAAUUUUUGUAGCCCUCACCUGAGCAAUACCAUUCAACAAUGAGAUCCCAUUGAUGCUUUGUAAGCUUCUUGUGGCCCAUGGCUCUUGUAGUAUCGUGCAACCAAGAUGAUGUCAGAAAAAUCCUACAAGAACAGCUGAGAUUUAUUUGGAGUUAAUCUGCGUCACUUCAGGUGAAGACAGACAUGUACUAUUUCACUUGAUGAUUGAUUGAUUCUGAACACAGCCACGUACCCAGUUAUAAAAGGGUGUGCACACUUUUGUUUUGUUUUUUCUCUCCUCUGAAAUGUGUCACUUUGGUUUUCAGUGGCAUUGCAUAGGUUUUAAUUUUUACAUUAAAGGUGCAAAAAGUCUGAUAUGAUUUAUCUUUGUUUAAUUUUUUACAUCACAAAAACCUGCUGUUUAAAAAAGGGUGUGUAUACAUUUUAUAUCCACUGUAGCGAAGUAGUACAUAAUCAGGGUUACCAAUCAGAAAGAUUCAAAGCACAGAACGAGCACUGAAGCACUUGUCAGGUUGUAUACCAGUUUGCGUUUAUUCUACAGAAUGUGCAAUAUUUCAUAUUUUGUAUUUUAUUUUUGUAUUGUAAACAUGGUUUAUUUAAGGGUCUGUUACUUUUUAAGGGUGGGUUUGUAUUUUUUAAGUGUUUUGAACACAUUUGCUUUACACCAUCCAAUAACUAUAUUUAGUUGCAUUGUAGCCAUGGUUGUAUUUGUUUUUUCCUUUUCUCACAAAAUAACAUGGAAGGGGAAAAGUUACUCUAUUGUUCACAGAUUAAGAGAUUUAUUUGUGCAAAACAUGCUGCAAAAAAUUCAAAUAACAAGCCAAAUAUAUUUUCUGUUACAUUUAACUGAAACACGCAUGAUAUUUUCAGUAUGCAUUCAGAAUCAGAUUUACAUGUAUAGCGUUAGGGAAUAAACUGCACAACCUGUCAAACAGCCAGUUCC